GACAUCCAAAGCCGGCUGCUGCGCACAUUGGGUCCAACUUUUCUCAAGCGUGGCUGGAAUUUUGAUGUGGAGAUCAUGGGAACAGUUCGAGAUUGGGCAAAAUUGGCUCCUGACCGGGUUACAUUCAAGAACUGCUUCAAGACCCGGAAGUUUGAGGAGGACAAGGAUACUGUUCCAGUCCUGGGCAUGAAGAAUUUGGGCGAUCAUGUGAAUGCUAUGUGGCAAGACGUGGCCAAGAUGGAACAAGUCAUCUUUCCAAACAACCAGCAGAUCUAUGUCAUCUACAAGGAAUUCCUGGAGCAUGGCUACAAAGGUGCCCUCGGCACGGUUCUGAUCAAGUUCCCGCACAGAGAUGGGACAAGAUCAAUCCCUGCUGGAUCAGUAGGGCUGGUGGACGGAUUUGCGAAGAUCAUGGUGAUGCUUUCGGUGGUUCUGUUCAUCAAGGAGCUGGAACUGCUCGACCAAGCUCUAGAGGACCCUACCUUGAGGAAAACCUUGCAAAGUUUUGCCGACAUUCGUUGCAGCUACGAACACCACGAGAAUCCUUCUUUGUUCCAUCUUCAAAGCCUCAGACACUUGUCUUGCAUUCAGUGCUGCGUCUUUUUCAUUGCACAAGGGCGUACCUUAGAACAAUACGUGCAAGACCAGCAAGACAAGAGUCGCAACGCGCUGCAAAAGAGCUUGCAAGCAGCUUUUGCUGCUUGGAAAGAAGAGCUUGCCGCGGACCAAGCAGCUUUUGCUGCUGAAAAGCUGGCGUUGCCUGGCUAUCAGUUGGUUGUGUCAUCAGAUGAUCAUGAGUUGUGCGAAGGCAAGAAUUGCUGUGUCGGCACUGUUUGCCUAGACGCAUCUGGCAGCUCUUUGUCCACUAGAGUCGCAAACAAGGUUUUUGAUGCUGCUCGUUCCAAGAAGCUCAAGCUCAAUGCCUUUCCAGAUAUUUCGUCUUUGGUAGCUUCUUUGAAGCGUGGGCAUGCGGUGGAGAGCACUACAACCUACAGGGUCACCGCCCGCCAAAAUGACAGAUUGGUUAUAGUCAAGAACUUGGCGGAGAAGUGGCUUAAUGAGGAAUCAACAAGUGAUGAAGCAAAACGCAUUAUCGAGCAGCACAACAAAGAGCACAAUGCAAAUGGUGAGUAUAUGACAGCAUCUGCGCCUGCUGUAGAACCACCUCCAAAGCGAGUGAAGUUGGAAGAGGAUGCCACGGAUGUCCAACAAAAUUCCAGUCGCUGGUUCAGCUUUGAUGUCAAGAAGGAUGACCUCAUUUUCCUGGAACGCAAGUCAGUGCCGGAAUCUCUUCGGCAAAUGGAAUGCGUGGAGUCCGUGAUGAGCGUCCAGAGUAUUCUGUCGGAUUUGGAAGACCAGGGAGAG